GGUUGCGCAAACUCUGGGCGGUCAAACUAAUAGCAAUAGAAGAGCUGACAUGUCUCAUUAACUCGGCGGAUAUCCUACAUGUUUUAUAAGUAAACAAAGAAUUCAGGAAACAUGGGAAGGAAUAGGACGGUUUCUGUAAAACAACACCAGCACUGUGAGAAAUGCUACAAUCGCUACUGCAAGGCUCGCGUUGAGAUUUCUGUGUCCUGCUUGAUGAUCAGCUGCCGCCUGUACUGUGGCGCUGUUUUCCACAUGUGCAAAGAGGAGGAGCACCGGCUAUUAUGUCCCAAUGAAGUGGUGCCUUGUCUUAAUGCGGAGUAUGGCUGCCCCUUCACCAUGUGCCGAUACAAGCUUGGCGAACACUUGAAGGAGUGUCCAUCGAGCGUAGUGAACUGCUCCAUGGACUGGAACCGUUGGCCUGCUGAAGAGGCAGACCUUGUUUUUUAUGACAACAUUCUUAACGAGCCUUACUCGGACAAACAGCUGGAUCUCGCUCUGGCACUCAGGGACCAGAAACAUCUGUUCGGUUCACUGAAAAUGAAGAGCCUUUUUGCGGAGCUGGUGGAGGUGACUGAGGAGGACGUACCCAUGCUGAAAGGGGCGGUAGGGGGUACAGAUUUCACGAAGGCGGAGCCUGAUUUUAAGCCACUGGAUGAUGGAAUAAUCGACGAAGAAAUGGGAGGACUUACCCAGGAAGAACGCGAGGCUUUAGCUAAAGAUACGAGUAUCGUGGAUGCGGAGAGAUUUAACAUGUGGGAGAAAAUGUUCAGUAUGGAAAUGAGCGGCUGCAAGCAGACGGCAAGAGCCCUGAAAACUUCUGAAAAGCAUUCUGAAGAGGGGAAUCUAUUACAGUCGGGUAGCCAGAGUAGGACUGCAGCUGAGGAAAGCAAGAAGGCUGAAAAUCGCACGGCUGCUGUUGUCAGCAGUAAGAGUGACGAUGCUCAUAAUGAUCUGACCCCAAGACAAGAUGUGAACGUGCCAAGACUAUAUAACCAGGCCCUUCCUUGUAACCCUAAAGUAAAGAGUUUUUUUUAUUGUUCCCUGGAGCCAAUGAAAAUUAAAACAGUCCAGACUUUCAAAAUUCCCACCAGCUUUAGAGCGAAACACGGUCGCAUUCGUAAUCCUGCACUUACGAAGAAAGACAAUAAGUGCGUAGAUACAUCUGAUCUGGGAGUCUCGCUGGAAGAUCUUCCAAAAUGGGAUGAAAUCCAAGCAACUUUACUCUGCUGUUUAGAAAAGGAACUCAGAGGCCACUUCAUCUCUAACGCUGACUCGACCGACGCCCUUCUUUGCGACUCUGGUACGCAAACGUACGACUUCCUCUCUGCCCCAUUCAAGAAAAAUGCCUCACUAGCUGAUGUCACUGCAGAGAGGACAUUAAAGCUACAUCUCCAGAUUCAUUCUGAAAGCGUGACCAACAGGCACAACAAAGCCAGCUCUGCCUUUACGUUUCUCUGCGGUCACUAUUUUAGGCGGGAUGAAUACGCUUCGCAUUUCAAAAACGUGCACGCAGACAUUCAGUCCUGCCUAAACGGCUGGUUUGAGGAGCGAUGCCCCCUAGCUUACCUUGGCUGCACCUACAGUCAGAAGAGAUUUCAGCCCUCUACGCAAAGGGCUACCGUGUCAUACAACGAGGAACUGAGCACCUUCACGCUAAAACCAGACGUCUGCGCGGCACAUCUUGAGGGAGCGACAGCCAUCAGAACGGAACGGAAACGUGCACGGAAUCUAGACGCCUUCAGCCGGCUUCCUUUUGAGGUCCUCGUGCACAUCGCGACCUUUCUGGACAGCUUUACCUUAUCCCAGCUGGCUUUGGUCUCUCAUCACAUGAGAGACGUUUGUGCCACCUUGCUCCCAGAGAGGGGGAUGGUUUCCUUGAAGUGGGAGAAAAAGACGUACUCUCACGGGGGCUCCUGCUGGAAGUGUAAGAAGAAGAUGGAACCAGGAUCCAGGCAGAACCCACAAACUCCACAUGUAGACGGGUGCAGGAUUCAAACACCUAACCCUGGAUAUCAUAUGAGAUCAACUAAGAAUCAGAUCAUUUGAAGUACUACAGUGUCUAGAGUUUACAGAGAACGGUGGAAUAAAGAACAGCAACAAUGAAAUAUCCGGGGAGCAGCUGUUCUGUGGGCUACAACAGCAAAGACCACUUUAGGUCCCACUCCUUUCAGCUAAAAUAAUGUAAUACCAUCUGAGCAUUGUUUAAAUGCUCUGAAUAUUGUUGCUGACCAAGUGUUACCCUUUAUGGCCUGAAUUUGCCCGUCUUCCAGCAGGAUAAUGCAUCAUGUCACAAAGCACAAGUCAUCUCAAACUGGUUCCAUGGACGUGGCAGUGACUUCUGGGUCCUUCAAUGGCCUCCAAAGCCAUUCACAUUCAAAAUGGGCACCGCCGGAAUGUGGUGGAAUGGGAGAUGUGCAGCCAACAAUUCUGCAGCAAUUAUGUGAUGUGACCAUGUCAACAAGGACCAGAAUCUCUAAUGAAUGUUUCCAGCACUUUGUUGCAUCCAUGUUUUCAGGCUGUCCUAAAAGCAAAGCAAUGUCCUUCCCGUUACCUGAAUAGUGUUCCUAUUAAAGUGGCCAGUGAUUGUAUGUGGCAUUGUGUUCGUGUUACAAAAAACUAAUACAUAAAAAUGCUGUGACGUCCCAGAAAAAGAUUUUAAUGCAUAGCUGUCAGCUAGAAAAUAUUAGGAAAGCAUAUACAGGUACCCCGAUUACCACACUAUGUGAACACAUCCUCUUGCCUUUAGCUCUGUCAACUACCAGGAUCAAUGUUUAAAUAUCUUUCCAAAACUGUAUCAAAUAGCUCCUGCCUGGAACAGGUCUUACGGCGAGUUGUUUGAAAGCCCAGAGGAGUGAAGAUAUGGUAAAGAUAAGCGGAAAAAUUUAGUUGUUGCUUAGGUCAGCGGGCACCAACUAGCGGACCAAAUCCAGUCCGAAAUAUAAUUGAAUCCACGCCACGCAAUGGAUUCCUCCCCAAAAAUUGAUCGAUUCCUAUCAAAAUAAUUGACUUGUGUUAGUGCUCAGAAGUGGCUCAGUGAUUAUCCUUGGGUUGAGCCAGGGACAGAUCAAGUUCGAAACUGAAACCUUCAGAGAUAUUAAAAAUAAUGGGAACACAUUAUAUGCCUGUACGCAUUGUAUGACAUUAAAAGAUUAAAAUAUAAAAAUAUAAGUAAAAUAGACAGGCAUCACACGUUGAAUACAUAAAAAUGUUACAACUAGUAACAUAAUGCAAGUUUACAGUGGGAAAGUUGCUCUGUUAAUGCUUACUGUACAUACUCGGAAGACCCAUGGAGUAUUUUCUAGCUGCUAGUAGUGGUAUUAGAUAAUGUCAGGGAAAUGCAACAACGGAACAGGAAAACAUGAAAUAUAACCUAAUAACAAUAAGGCUUAUCGGGAAUACCGUUGUGUGUGUGUGUGUGUGUGUGUGUGUGUGUGUGUGUGUCACGGAAGUUUGAAUAGCGCUGCCUGGUCCUUCUGCUGCGAAGCUUUCUCUUGGGUUAGCACUUUCUAACUGUACCUCUUUAUCUUGUCUGUCCUUCUAUAACCUCCCAGGUUUGGCAGUUCAGCAGCCUCUUCUCAAGGGUGGAUAACUGGAGCUUCGGAUGCACCCCCUCCAUGUCUGAGCAUCUGAAGCUCUGCCCCUUCUACCAGGCAGAGAGGAAAAGUGAUCCGGUAGCGCUAGUUAGCAUGGGCUA